UUGAAUAUUCAUUCUACAUUGAUACUUCUUUUUCCCUGGCUCGGCUACGCAGUACGGUGGCGAGCAUUUGUUUUCAAUGGCUGGCGUCGGUGCGCAGACUACCACUGCUUCGUCAAGCUCCUCCAUGGGUCUAGCAUCCUCUUCGUCGGGCCUCCCUCCAGCUCCGCCUCCGCAGAAGAUUCUGCUCGCCAAGCCCGCUUCCGGAGCCGCUUCCUCUAGGUUAGCUCGCGACGACGAUCCCUCCGCUGUCGUCAUCCGUUCUCGCAAUGCCCCGCAGCCGGGAUCGCUCAGCCUUAUUUCUGAAUCAUGGGACGUCCACAUCGAUCGGAUUCUUCCGUUUCUUAACGAGAAUAUGGAUUUUACUGUCAUUGGCAUUAUUGGACCGCCUGGGGUAGGCAAGUCGACAAUCAUGAAUGAAUUGUAUGGCUUUGAUGGAAAUUCUCCAGGAAUGUUGCCACCUUUUACAACACAAUCUGAUGAAGUUAGAGCGAUGGCAAAACAUUGCACUUCCGGCAUUGAAUUAAGGGUUACUUCUGAAAGAUAUAUACUACUUGAUGCACAGCCAAUAUUCAGUCCCUCUGUUCUGGUUGAUAUGAUGAGACCUGAUGGAACUUCUGCAAUUUCUGUGCUGAAUGGAGAGUCUCUAUCAGCCGAUUUAGCUCAUGAGUUAAUGGGUAUACAGCUCGGUGUUUUCCUGGCUUCCGUAUGUAACAUAUUGUUGGUUGUAUCAGAAGGAAUUCAUGACUUUAGCAUAUGGCAGCAUAUGCUUACAGUUGACUUGCUGAAGCAUAAUAUACCAGAUCCCUCCACUCUGGCCACUGGUCAAACACAGGGUUCUACUUCUUUUCUGGACAAGGAGAAUAAUGGCAACCUUCUAGCUCCAAGUGAUGAGUAUCUAGCGACUCUUGUAUUCAUACAUACCAAAUUGCGGGACCUUGAGCUUUCUCCUUCAAACACUAUGCUCUUGAGGAAGGCUCUCCUGAAAUAUUUCAGCUCAUCAUCAUUCAAUAAUAUAAACAAGUCAAAUGAAUUGAAAAAUGAGCAAAAUGAUUCUUCUCUUUCUCCACCUAACAAAGCUAAAGAGUCCAAAUUCAUGGGGGCAGACUUAAUAUUUCUUCCUCUGAAACUCCAAGAUGACUCACAGAAACCUCAAUAUGAGAGUUUCAAUUGCAUGAUGGGAAAACUUUGUGAUCAGAUAUUAUCAAUGGAACCCCAUCCAUUUGCAAAGCCUGUGACAGAACGUGAUUGGUUGAGGAACUCUGCUAAGAUUUGGGGCAUAUUGAAGAAAUCUCCUGUGAUCACCGACUACUGUAAAACCCUUCAGGCUUCUGGAUUGUUUAGGAAGUAAAAUAUGAAUAAUGGAUGUUUCGUGUCAUGAUAUUCCUGGUAAGCUUCUACCGACUGGAGGCUUUCUCAACUUUUUUCUGUCAUUAUGUUGAUGAUGUUAGAGGAUGUGCCUUUUUUUGUUCUUAUGAUAUUACAAUUUUUUCUAGGA